GUUAUUAAGCUACUGCUCAAAAAGGGGGCUGAUAUAAAUACGGCUGAUUUAAGCGAGUGGAAGCCACUAUACCAGGCCUUUGAGUACAGGUAUAUUAAGGUUAUCAAACUACUACUCGAGAAGAGGGCCAAUAUAAAUGCAGCUAAUCUAAGUAGUUUAAUACCCCUAUUAUGGGCAGGGUCGAGGCAGUACGGGCAUGUCGAGGUUAUUAAGCUGCUGCUCGAGAAGAGGGCCGAUGUGAAUGCGGCUGGUCCAAGCGGGUGGAAGCCACUAUACCAGGCCUCUAAAUAUGCACAUAUCGAGGUCAUUAAGCUAUUACUCGAAAAGAGGGCUAAUAUAAAUACAGCUAAUCUAAACAGAUAA